CCCGCCCACAUCAUCCGCCUGGUGUACAAGGAGGCGACGACACUGACAGCUGACCCGCCUGAUGGCAUCAAGGUCUUUCCCAACGAGGAGGGCUUCACUGACCUGCAGGUCACCAUCGAGGGCCCUGAGGGGACCCCAUACUCCAGAGACCUAUUCCGCAUGAAACUCCUGCUGGGGAAGGACUUCCCUGCCUCCCCACCCAAGGGCUACUUCCUGACCAAGAUCUUCCACCCAAAUGUGGGCGCCAACGGUGAGAUCUGCAUCAGCGUGCUCAAGACGGGCUGGACAGCUGAGCUGGGCAUCUGGCACGUGCUGCUGACCAUCAAGUGCCUGCUGGUCCGCACUCACCCCGCGUCUGCCCUCACGGAGGAGGCGGAGGAGGCGGGCGGCGCGCGCCUGCCUGCUCACAGAGAUCCCCGGGGCGCAGGCGGGCCCAGCGGCGGGAGGGCCGGGGCCGGCCGGUCCCUGGCCAGCGGGGCUGCGGCCUCCACCACCGGCCCCAUGGCUCCUGGGCGCGCGGGAGGGGCCGAGGGGCCCAUGGCCAAGAAGCACGUGGGUGAGCAUGAUAAGAAGCUGACAGGCAAGAAAAAGACGGACAAGAAGCGGGCGCUGCAGCGGCUGUAG